AUAUUAAGAGUGAGUCUUGGACGGUCUGAGACAUCACCGCCAAGCUGGGAACCGGGGAGAUGGCCGAGACUGACCCCAAGACCAUGCAGGAUCUCACCUCGGUGGUGCAGACGCUCCUGCAACAGAUGCAAGAUAAAUUUCAGACCAUGUCCGAUCAGAUCAUCGGGAGAAUUGAUGACAUGAGCAGUCGCAUUGAUGACCUGGAGAAAAACAUUGCAGACCUCAUGACGCAGGCUGGGGUGGAAGAACUGGAAGGUGAAAACAAGAUACCUGCUACACAAAAGAGUUGAAGGUUGCUAAUUUACACUGAAAUCUGGAACAUUGUUUUUACAAGCCAAGAGAAGACCGAGUGGCUUUUUGCAACUAACUACUAUGUGUAGACAGGUUUUAUAUUAUAAAGUGUGCGUUAUUCUUAUCACAUACUAUAUAGUUAGUUUAUUGAGUGAUUUCCCCCCGUUUCUUGAACAUGGUAACUUCACAUCUUGGACCUUGGUCAGUUGUGCUAUUAAAUAUUAAACACUAAAACUUUGGCGGUUCCUGCA